UCACUGCGGUAAGCCAGAGGUCAAAAAUUCGCGUGGAAACAACGCCCAACAGCCCUUCGAAAGCCGGCGUGUCUUCCUCUCCCUCGCUCUCUCGUGUGUGUGUGUGUAUGUACGAUGGCCGCCGAAGUUGUGAUAACGGACGGGAGCGAGAACAUGCUACCUUCCAUUGUGGACUUCUACAGCGCCCGAGACGUGUUCAUCACGGGCGCCACGGGGUUCAUGGGCAAGUGUCUUCUGGAGAAACUGCUGCGGAGCGUCCCGGACCUCGGGAGCGUGUUCGUGCUGACUCGAGCUAAGAAAGGAAAGAGCCCAGAGCAACGGACGAAGGAACUUCUAUCAUCACCGCUGUUUGAGAGGCUCAGAUCGGAGCAGCCCGGUGCAGUGGACAAGGUGGUCCCGGUGUUCGGGGACAUUCAGGAGAAACAGCUGGGGAUGAGGAGAGAGGAUCAGGAGAUGCUUCAAGACAGAGUCUCAAUCGUAUUCCAUCUGGCCGCCACCGUCCGUUUCGAAUCUCCUCUGAGAGAGGCGCUGACAAAGAACGUGGCGUCUGUCAGCGAACUCAUCACUCUCUGUCACGGAAUGAAGCACCUCAAGUCUAUGGUCCAUGUGUCCUCGGCCUACUCCCAGUGCAAUAGAACGGGAGUCAUAGACGAGGUGCACUACCAGACCCCACUCCCUCCCAGCAAACUACUGGGACUGCUAGAUUGGAUGACGGACGAGCAGCUGGAGACGUUGGCUCCAACUCUCUCCAGUGGCUAUCCCAACACUUACACCUUCACCAAAGCUCUUGCUGAACAGGUAAUAAUGGAUGAGGCGAAGGUCUGCCAGUAUCCAUCUACAGACCUUCCAUCAUUGGAGCCAGUCUCAACGAACCUGUGGAGGGUUGGGUGGAUGUUCUUCAUGGGCCCACUGGUGUCUUCAUUGCGGUGGGCAAGGGAUUCCUCCGGGUGGUGCGGUGCGACGAGUUCAGAAAGGCUGACUUUGUGCCGGUCGAUCUCGUCAACAACUUCCUCAUUGCCAUUGGCUGGAUCACCGGAGCAAGCCCCACCCCCUCUCCCAUCUUCUACAACUAUUCCUCCAGCACGCUCAACCCCAUGAACUGGGUACAGCUCUGCGACUAUUUCAUGGCUGCACAAGAACUGUAUCCAAUGGACAAGCUCUAUAGAAGGCCGUGGGUAUGCAAGGCUCGGCCCGCGCAAUUCUACCCGGUGUUCAACUUUUUCCUUCACGUCAUCCCUGGCUUCAUUGGAGACACCAUUCUCAGACUACUCCAGAAGAAACCAUUUUUUGUCAGAACCUACAGCAAGCUAAACGGAGCUCUUCAACAACUGGAUUACUUUCUGCAGAUGGACUGGAGGUGGACACACAACAACUCGGACAAGCUCCUGGCACUGAUGUCACCCGAGGAUCGACAGACUUUUGAUUUCGACAUCCGCAAGAUGAACUGGCAGACCUACAUCAAGCGCUACUGUCUCGGACUCAAACAGUACCUCCUGCACGAGGACCUCGCAGACCUCCCCAAGGCUCGACAGAACAUCAAGAGGCUACGGAACAUGAGGUUCACGUUCAACCUCAUUGUGUUCCUCCUAGCAACGCGAGUCCUCUACCGUCGGUCACAGGUUGCCAGGCAACUGUGGAACGGAAUGUGGGACUUCUGCGUCCGCUGGUUCUCGAAGCUUGGUAUCCCCGCCUGGCACUCAUUCUAAUUGAUGCCCACCUAGCAACCACUCAACAAACAACAUAGCAACCAACCACUCCCAAACGAACCACGACUUUAACCCUUUCAAAGCAGCAAACGUACACCUGUGACAUUAACCCUUUAGACACAAGGACAUUUAGGGGGCUUACAGUCAAUAAUAAAUUUAACUCCAUUGCCACAUUACUGUUGUAUUUUAGAAGAAGUGAUAAUUAUUGUGUGAUUGUAUGUAUAAUUGCGUCCUUAUUGCGUACAAUAUUAAUGUUUUUAUUUUCGAUUGAGGACUAACCAUAAUUGUACAGAUUGUGUCAACUGAUAACAAUACAAGGAGUGAUGUCAUGAUGAUGUAAUCACAACAUGUCCAUUCCAACACCAAACUGUAGACCUGGUUGCAAACUGUCACUUUUCUGAGCUAGAAGAGGCAGAGCGUAGUUGAGUUCGAUCUGAGCUAGUCCGAGUCUCGUGCAGAGCCCCAGACCACACGACACCCUCGUGGAAUGGAAUAGAGACCGGACCGAUGGGAGGGUAGCUGACUCGAUGAGGUUCCCAGCAGUCAGGAAAGAGUGUAGUUUGAUUCUCCGGAGAAACGCGUUGGUUAUGAGUGGAAGUGGAGCAAAGAUGUGGACACCGCUCGCCCAGUAGGACUCACCACCCUUACUCUCACCUUGUUCCCGAGGCCCCACCCCCCACAUUCCGAAACCCCU